AUGGAAGCACAGGAGGGGCAGGAGGAAGGCAAAUCGACGGGCAAGAAGCACAAAGAUGGGAAGAAGAGCCAUCGGAAAGAGGCAUUGGAGGAGAUGCGGGGGGAUGUAGAGCGGUUGAAAGGCGAACUUCAACAAGCAGGGGAGCAGCUUGCAGGGGCAGAAAAGGCCAGAGCCGAUUUAUUGGUCAAGUAUGAAAGCGUGGAGAGAGAAAAGGCUGCUUUGGAGGGGCGUUUGGGGGAGAGGGAGAAGGAAAGCGAGAAGGAGAGAGAGGAACUGAUUAGAAGGUUGGAGGAGUGUGAGAGGAGGUUGAAGGAGGAAGAGGAGGGGAGGAGGGAGGAGAAGCAGAAACGGAAAGAGGAGAAGGAGAAGCGGAAGGAGGAGGAGGGGAAGCGGAAGGAGGAGAAGAGGAGGAGGAAAGAGGCGGAGGAGGAGAAGGAGAGAGUGGAGGAGGAAUUGACACGUGUCAAGCAGCGAUUGGAGGAACUGGAGGCUAAAUGUGGGAGGAUGGAGAGGGGAAGUGCUGGGCCGAGAGAACUACUACCUGAUGCAGAGGAGGGGAGUGGAUUAUUGGAGGAAAGCAGCAGAGAUGAGGGGAGUGAACCAGCGGAUAGAAGGGGGGGUGAAGGGGAGGACAAGAAGCUGCAACGGGAGCAGGAACUCUCAGCCGAAGCAAGCCUUUUGGCUGAGAAGGAGUGGGAGCGGCGGCAGGAGGCAGUUAAAAUGCUGUCUCAGUUGGAGAGGCAGCUAGGGGAGGCGUUUGGAGGGGCUGUGGCGGAAGGGGGGGUGGUGGUGGAUGCGAAUGGAAGGCCGAUGUCACCGCUAGUGGGGAGUUUGAGUGGGUCGGGAGCGGUGGGGAGGAAUGGAUGGGGAGGGGGCGUGGGAGGGGUGUUUGUUUCGCCACUUGGCGGGCCGCGAUUGGAGGAUUCUGGUGGGGGGGAUGGGGAUAGCUGGCCGUAUUUAUACGGUAACGAGGUGGAGGAGGGAGGGAAUGGGGGAGUUGAGGAGGGGGAGAUGAGAGGAAUGAGAAGGGUGCUGUUUGGAAUAGAAGAGCAUGGGGAGGAGGAGGGUACAGCAGCAGGAGAAGAAGAACUGGCUUCUUCGCUUGCCAUAGCAGCCACAGGCACAGCAGCAAGUGUAGAGCGGCUGUGUAUAGAGAGGGAAGAGAUUCACAAAAGGGCAGGGGAAGAUGAGGGGAAGAAUGGGGAUGGAGAUGGGGAUUUGGGUGAGAUUUGGAGUGAAGAAGAUGAGGAAGUGUUUGAGGUGAAGCGUGGGGAAGGGGAGAGGCAGGGAGGGAAAGAAACGGAGGAGGGAGAGGACAGGGAAGAGAGGAGGAUAGAGCAGAGUCGGCGGAUGGACUGGCCUAGGCCACUCACGGAUAGUAGACUAUAUAGUGUGGAUCCAAGUCUCAUAGAUGCACACGACUCUGAGCCAAGUCACACCUGCAGUUCCCGGCCUCUGCUGCACAUUCACCCUCCCCCUCGCACGUUCUCUAGAGCCACAUCUGAUUUAGUGACUUAUGUGAGAGACGCUAAGGCUGCGCUGGGUCAGCCCUCCUCCCCAGGGGAAGACGAGUUCUUUAGCACCAAGCUGCCUGAGCUGAGAAGGAGAAUGACGGGCGAGGGGCCUCAAAACUCGCCUCGUAAGACCUCUUCUGGGGAAGACGAGUUUUGUAGCACUAAGUUGCCGGAAUUGCGGAGGAGAAUGACUGGUGAGGGGCCGUAUAAGUUGUCGUCUUCUCCUCGUGAAGACGAGUUUUUUAGCACUAAGCUACCAGAAUUGCGGAGGAGAAUGAGUACCUUUUCGCCUCUGCACUCACCCCUGGCUCAUCUAAGAGGGAUGCAUUUGGAUGGGGAAGCUGAGGUGGUGACAGCAGCACCAGCAGCAGCAGCAGCAGCAGCACCGGAUAAGCCCCGUCUUGCUAGUGUGGCGGAAUUCAGUGGCGAUGAUAAACACGAGGAGGGGGAAGCAGCAGAGGGGGAGACGGAAGGGGAGAAUUUUGAGGCGCCUCAAAAGGCGAAAGGGGAGAGUAAGGGAUUAGCCCACUGGCAUGGGCAGGAGCAAGGGGAUGAAGGAGGAGGAGCAAGGAGUAUCGCGGCAGCAGCUGCUGCUAUGGAGAAUGGUUCGGUUGAAGCUGACGGCAUAGACAAGGAGAGGGCGAACGAGGAUGUGAGGCAAGGAAGCCAAGGCUUGCCUCACAGCAGCCAAGGCAGAGCUGCUGACACGGCCCACACCAACCCAGACAGAGCUCACAAAAGCGUAGAGACAGCUCACAGCAGCCCAGGCACAGCCCCUGCCAUCGUUCCCCCAAUCACCAACAACACCUUCUCAUUCACAGCCCCGGCAAGCCCCCAUCCCGGCCAUAUUGGCUCUUCUCUAAGCAAGGCCUUCCGCCGUGCUGCCACCUACUCUGGCCGAACCUAUCCUGAACAAACCCGGUCCUCCUCCUCUACCCGGACCACCCUCCUUUCCUCCCACUCUGCUCGUGACAUUUCCUAUUAUGAACGGCCCUCCUCUCCCAGUCCCACCAGCAAAGAACCCCCCUCUCCCAACACCAAAGGACCCUCUGCUCCCACCACCUCGUUUUUGGCGCUUGAUGAGGCUUCUUCUCCCAAUGCAGCCCGAGCAGUGGCUUAUUCAGGGCAGCCCUUUUCCUAUGCCAGUCAGAUGGCCCGUGCUCCUAGGGAGGUGCAGGAUAAUCCUUCAGGGGGUUUUAACAGAGCGGUUUCCUACACAGGGGGUUUCAACAGAGCGGGCUCGCACUCAGGUGCUUUCAACAGAGCAGGGUCUUACUCAGGUGGUUUCAAGAGAGCUGGUUCAGAUGUGGGGCUGCUGCUGACCUUCGGGGGACCAUCAGGGGGGGAGUUUUCAGGAACAGAGACGACAACAGUUGGAGCAGAUGACAGGGAAGACUUGCAAGAAUCUGGGAGAGGAGAAGAAGAGGAGGUGGUGGAGGAGUUAGAAGAUGUUGGGUUGGCAGAUGAAGACUAUAAUUGGGGUGACUCUAUUUACAGUAAGCAGCAGCUUUUAGCUAAGCACCAGACUGAUUUUCUCCAUGUGUUGCUGCAGAUGCUACAGCUGGCAGUGGUGAAGCGGGAAAGCGAGUUAACAGCAGCAUCUGCCGCCGCUACAGCUGCUGCUACAGCCGUUUCGGCUGCCGAGAGGGAGAAAGCGGAGUGGGAGGUGGAGCAGGUGGUAACAGCAGUGUUCAGGGAAGUGCAUAACGUGUUACAUGUGAAUGGCGUCGGCAGGGUGAGGAGGAGAUUCCACGGAGUGGCUAAGGAAGGGAACGCAGCAGCAGUGGCUGCAGCUGCAGUGAAAGAGGAUUUAGAGCUUUUGGUCCGGGCAGUUGAAGCUAAAUCUCGGGCAGCCAUGCGAAGAAAUGCGGCUGGUCUGGUCCCUCCUGCUCCCAGACGGCUUGUGAGGGAUGGGAGUGGGAGUGGCGGGGGAAGAGGAGUAGAAAAAGCUGGAGGAGGAGGGUGGGGGGUCAGCAGCGGCAACGGCAUGUGGAAUAUCAGUCAGAGUCUUCAGUCGGCUGCUCUGGCUAUAGCUCGCUCUCCCUCUGUUGCUGCUCCCUCUGUUGCCAGUACACCUCCCAUGAGUCGAUCCGUGUCAGCUGCAGAAGCUGCUUCUCUUGUCGGGGCACACAAUGCUGCACUGAGUAUCUACAGAACAGCUUCGGUGGCUACUACUGAAGCCUCCACUGCUGGUAACACGCCCGUUGCGCAUGCGGUUACCAUCGCCCGAACCUCGUCCGUAGCCUCGGGAUUCUCUACUGAUGGUAACACGCCUGUGGCUCGGGCUGUAGGGGAUAUGACAGGAAUGGCCCAUGGGGGAGCGGUUCAGAUGGGUGGUGUGUCAGUAGGAAUGGGUGGAGAGCGGUCGAGCGCUCUGACCAUCUACAGGACGCCGUCCAUGGCUGAGCUUUCAACUACUGGUAACACUCCGGUUGCGCACGCGGUUACCACGGCAUUUGCCAGUGGGUUCAAUGUAUCUGGUCUCCUCGGAAUGGCUUCGGCAAGGCUAGCUGCUGCUGCUACCUCUGCUGCUACUGCUGCUGCUUCUGCUGCUGCCACUCCUGGUGCUGCUGGUGCUGCUGGUGCUGCUGGUGCUGCUGGUGCUGCUGCUGCUGCUUCUUUCUCUACAUCUGGUAACACUCCUGCUGCUUCCACUGCUGGUAACACUCCCAUUGCCCAAGCCUUGGGUAGUCCAAACCGGUUUGCUGACAGUCGAGUGUCGCCGGUAACCACCCCUGUAACCGCGGAUGCUUCGACUGGCGGUAGCACGCCUGUCGCACAUGCGGUUACCACUAGCGGCGGCGGUAACACUCCCGUUGCACGCCCGAAAGGGAGUGUUCGAGAUAGUGUGGUGGAGACUUUGAUUUCUGGAGCUGCAGCAGCAGCCCAGGGUACUGUUAGAGAGAUUGUCUCUUUUUGGGCAGCGGGUCAUGCAGCUGGGGCUGUAGCAGGGGCAACAGGUGUUGCAGCAGGUCAUGAGUCUGUAGCAGCAGGAGCGGGUACUGUAGCACUGCCACGGAGGCCUGCUACAGCUGCAGCGGGCGGCAGGGUUCGUCCUGUUGGGGGCUGGGACGUGGGAGGGAGAGGAGAGGGUUUGGGUGGAGUGGGGAUGGGUGAUAGGGAGGGAAGCAGGGAACAACCGUGGGGCAGCAGGGCACAGGUUAAAGAGGCAGGGAGGCAGAUGGAAAGGGAGCAUCCGUGGGGGGGGUCAUAUCGAGAUAGACGAGGGGAGCAGCGGAUUGAUCAGCGGAUUGAGGAGCAAGAAAAGAGGGGCGGAUUGGGUGUUGCGGCUGGAGAAGGAGAGGAAAGGAAAGGAAGAGUGGAGGAGCAAGAGGGCAAAGUGGAGGAGCAAGGGGGCAGAGAGGAGAACCUGGAAGCAGGCAAGUCUUCCCAGAGGCGUGGUGGAUCAGGCAAGUCUUUGAAAAAGACUCCAGGGACCGUGGUGACUUUUGAGGCGCCUCAAAAAGAGAAGCAGGCAAGUGUUUCGGGGUUUGUGGUCACGGAAGAGAGAGAUUUGAGUUCAGUGGGGCGUGGUGUUGAAGAGGUGGUCCUGGUGCGACGAGGUUCGAUGAACGGGGAGGCGAGGGAAAGUGAGAGCUCGAGUGAAGGAGAGGAAGGGUGGAGUGAUAUGGAGGAGGAGGAAGAGGAAGGGGAGGAAGAGGAGGAUGAAGCAUCGUGGAGUGCUGGUGAUGAUAAUGGAGAUGCUAAUGGCGAGGAUGCUGAUGCCGGGGCUGAUAAGGAGGAUGCAGGGGGAAAGGAGAAUGAGGAGAAAGGGAGGCAUGGGGAGGAAGGGAAGAAACAGGAGGAAGGGAGGAAAGAGGAGGAAGGGGGGAAUGAGGACGAAGGGAGGAAUGAGGACGAAGGGAGGAAUGAGGACGAAGGGAGGAAUGAGGACGAAGGGAGGGAAGUGGUGGAAGGGAUGAAAGAGGAGGAAGUUGAGAAGGUAGUGGCGGAGAGAGAAAAUGACUCAGAAGAGAUUGACAAGGUGGAGGGGGGGAGAGGGGGGAAGGGGGGAGCUAGAGAUGCUGAUGCUGAAGGUGAAGGUGAUGAUGAUGCUGAGGAAUUGUGGAGUGAUGUUGAUGUUGAUAGCAAUGAUGCUGGUGACGAGGAUGGGAGGGAACGAGGCAAUGAGGGGGAGGAGGAGGGGUGGAAUGAGAAGAAGGAUGGGGCGGGAGAGCAUGAGGAGAUAUGUGUUGUUGAGGAGGAUGCGGAGGAAGAGUAUCAGCUGAAGGAGCAAAAGGAAGGGUCUGUUUCCGAGGUGCCUCGAACGAUCGGGGAAGGACGGAGUGAGAAGGAGGUUGAAAGGGAAGGGCAAAAAGAAGAGGGGCUUCAAAAGAGCGAGGGACAGAGUGAGAAGAAGGACGGGAGGGAAGGGGAUGAGUGGAUUGGUGUUGAAGAGGAGGAUGCUGAGGAGGAGGAUCGGGCAGAAGAGCAAAACGAAGAGUCUGUUUUUGAGGUGCCUCGACAGAACGGGGAGGAAACAAGUGAGAAGAAGGAAGGGAGGGAAGAGGAUGAGUGGAGUGGGGUUGAUGAGGAGGAUGAAGGGGAGUAUCGGCAGGAUGAGCAGCAUGAGAAGUCUGUUCCUGCGGUGUGUCAAAAGAACGAGGACGGAGAGAGUAAGAAGGAGGUUUGGAGGGAAGAGGAAAACCAAGAGGUGUCUCAAAAGAGCGCGGAGGAAAAAGAUGAGAAGAAGGAUGGGAGGGAAGAGGACGAGUGGAGUGGGGUUGAUGAGGAGGAUGAAGGGGAGGAUCGGCUGGAAGAGCAAAACGAUGAGCCUGUUUCUGAGGUGCCUCAACAGGACGAGGGAAAGAAUGAGAAGAAAGAUGGGAGGGAAGAGGACGAGUGGAGUGGGGUUGAUGAGGAGGAUGAAGGGGAGGAUGGUUUUGAUUCUGCCGACGAAAAUAUGAAACUUGGAAAGAUAGAGGGAGACCACGAUACUCUCAAGGUUUCUAUAGCCAUUGAAAGAGGAGGGGACCACAAUGAUGCCAUCUCUCCCAGAAAAGCCGUGUCAAAGCCUGCAGCUGACGUGGCGGAUCGGGUUGCUGUUGUGGCUGAAUCAGUUCACGUGGAUGCGAGUGCUGAUGUGGAAAGCGCUGGUGUGGAAGACACUGACGUGGAAGGCAAUAUUGUGGAGGGUGCUGACGUGGAUGGCGCUGAUGUGGAUGGUGCUGACGUGGAAGGCAAUAAUGUGAAAAGCACACCAGCUGGUUCUUUCAGCUCAGUCAACUGUUCAGCGGAUUUUGCCGAGCCAGAAACUGGCACUUGA